UACUGUUCUUAUUUUCCAAUGCAGUGACGUUUGCAAUGAUGCAGUUCCUCUCUAUUUAUAUGACUCACAGCUUCCAAAAUGCCACAAUCAAGCUGUCCCUUCAGCUGAGCCGAAAUCAGUUAGCUAUGGCAUCUGCAGAAACCGGAGGGGACAAGUACCGGUCGUUCAUCCACGGCGAGGGCGAGAAGAACACGGUGUGGAGGCUUGGAGCCCCUCCAAACUUCGACGUGGUCAACAAGCUCUUCGAGGAAGAGAGGACCAACGAAUGGCCGGAGGGGUCUGUGGAAGAGAAGGUGCAGCGCUUGCUCAAGACCUGGGAGAUGGAGAUGUUCCACAAGGUGCGCCCCGAGGACCAGAAGAUCGUUCACUCCCAGGGAUACACCGGGAGUACCAACGGAAUGAAGCCUCUAACGCGGAAGGAAUGGAGCGCCAUGGGUGGCUACAAUGCGUUCCUGGCGACCACCCUGCCGCCGGAGCACCGCAUCUACGACCCAGACAAGGAGACGGCUGAUUCUAGCAUGUCCACGUUCUUGACGGCGUUUCCCCGGGGUUUCGCCAUCGAGGUGCUCGACGUCUACUGCAGCGGCCCACCCAAGGUUGCCUUCAAGUUCCGACACUGGGGGUACAUGGAGGCGCCGUUCAAGGGGCACCCGCCUCAUGGCCAGCGUGUGGAGUUCUUUGGCGUCUGCAUCUUCCAUGUUGAUGAGGAGAUGAAGGUGGAGAAGGCAGAGUACUACUACGAGCGGGGAAACUUCCUAGCCAGCUUCUUGAGCGCGCCUGCUGCUUCUGCAGCAUCGGCUUCAGGUUGCCCAGUGAUGACAGGAAACGGAAGCAAUAAGGAUUAUUGAAACAUGUAACUUGCAUCAAUGUAAAAGGACGAUCACCUCCAUAUUUUGAGUUGGCUUUGAUUCCAUGUCUGGGACAUGACAGUGUUUUUAAUAAAGUACUACUAGCUUAUUUGUUACAAACACCACUUGUGGUAUAUAGGGGUGACAAAACAACACUUGAUUUGGACAGAACUUUCAGAAGAGCUACGUGAAAAUGACUUGAUCAUGAAUCUGAAUUUAGCGAACUAUAGGCUUAGCAGUCUUAGUUUCGACCUAAACCUAGCCUUUCUUCAUUGUUCCGAGGUACAUACAGAAUGUCACCCAGAGGCUUUAUGUGAGCAUUACAAGGAACAUCGUUUGCCACCCUCUU